AUGUCAUCACUUAUAAAUUCUCCUAAAACAUCAAAUUCUUUUAAUAUUCCAAUACUUCGUAAUUCAAAAUAUUCUCCAUCAAUUGAAAAAUCAUCUCAACAUCAUCGUACAACAUUUCAUUUAUCAAAUAUAUUUCAAACAUUAACAAAAUUUAGUCGAAAUAUUCGUACAACAAAUUCUUUCAUACGUUCAACAUCUACAAAUUCAAAUGAUCAACAAACUAAAUCAACACGCCGUUCAUUUACAAAACAUGAUAUAUUAUCAACAUCAAUAAAUCGUCCAUCAUCAUGUUUUAUAUUACUUUCACCAUCAAAACCUGAACAAGAAACAUGUUUAUUUUUUCAAAAAACAAUUAAUGAAAAUAAUAAUAAUUCACCGAAAUUAAAUUCUAUAUCAUCAUUUAAUAAAAUUAAACGUGUUUCAUCAUUUCUUUUACCAUUAAAACGUCGACAAUUAUUAUCAUUAAAUCAUAGUGUUCAUGAACGAUCAUUUAAAGCUAAAGAAUCAACAAAACGUCGUUCACGUCUUCUUAAUUAUUCAAUAUUUAAACAUAAAAAUUUGCCAUCAACAAAUUAUUCUUUACUAUUUGGAACAUUUGGAUAUAAAAAAAAACAUGAAAAUUCUAUUGAAUUAAUUCAAAAAUCUUUUUUUCUAUUUGAUAUUAUUCAAAUUGAUCUUAUUUUACAAAUAAGAUUAAAUAAUUCUCUAUAUAAUAAUUAUCAAUCAAUAUUAUAUGAUAUUCCACAUUGGUCAUUUAUUCAAUCAAUAAAACCAUUUUAUGGUAUUCUAUUAGAAAAACAAAUAUUAAUUUUAUUUCAACCAAAAUUAUUUGAAAAUAAACUUUAUCAAAAAUAUAAUUCUCAUGAUUUUAUUUAUCUACCAUUUCAUGAUAUUUUAUAUGAUGAAAAUCAUUUUAUUCAUAUUGGUUAUGAUUGUUUAGCACCAACCACUAUACGAAUACCUUUAACAUGGAUAGUAAAAAAUAAUUUUGAUGAUUAUCAAAUAUCAUCAGAGUUCACAACAUUACAAUCCACAAUUGAACAAAAUCCAAUGUUCAUGCAUGAUCAUCAUCGACUAUUCGGUAAUGCUUCAUUGAUUUCUGAAGCACUUCGACAUUAUCAACGAUUAGAAAAUGAAAAUAAUGAAGAAAAAACUAUAGAAAAACUAAGUAAAAAAUCAGAUAAACAUCGACGUCAUUAUCAGAUAAAAGAAUGUAAAAUUCGACCAAUUAUUGUUCAACAAGCUGUUACACAUAAAAUUAAACCAACAUCUCACCAUUUCGAUCCAAUUCAAUUACGUCGUAAACAAUGUUCAUCAACAUUAAUUGAUGAAGAUAUUCCCAUAAUAUCUAAUCGUAAUCUCAAUUGUCUUACAGCUGCAUCAUCAUCAUCAUCCGGUUUUCGAAGUAAUUCUCGUUCAUCAAGUAUACAAACAUCAUCAUUAGUCGGUUGUAUAGCUAAUACAGAAAUUCCAAUAUAUGCUAAUGUUAUUACAAUAGAAUCAUCAAAAUUAGUAGAUAACAUAUCAGAUGUCAAUAAAACACCUAAAUUAUGGUAUAAUCAAAAUGAAAUCAAUCAAGAUGGAUGGUAUCCAUCAUCUGAUAUACAAAUAAAACAAUGUCAAAAUAAUUUUAAACGAGCAAAUAUUAUAAAAGAAAUUUAUAAAACUGAAUAUGAUUAUUUAGGACAUUUGAAAAAUUUAGUUGAUGGUUAUUUAAAGAAGAUGCGCUUACGUAAAGAUCUAUUUUCUGAAAAACAAAUUGAAUUAUUAAUGGGAAAUAUUGAAGAAAUAUAUCAUUUUCAACAAUCAUUUUUUCAAUUAUUAAAAUUAUCUAUUAAUGAACAAAGUCCACAUGAAAGUCUUAUUGGAAAAUGUUUUCUUUUAUAUAAAGAAGAAUUUAAAAAAUAUUCAGAUUAUUGUAUUAAUCAUCCAUUAUCAUGUUUAGAAUUAACUAAACUUGAAAAUAAUUUUAUUUAUCAAAAUUUCUUUGAAACAUGUCGUUUACAAGCCAAUAUGAUUGAAUUAAAAUUAGAUGGUUUUCUUUUAUCACCAAUUCAACGUAUUUGUCAAUAUCCAUUACAAUUAAAUGAAUUAUUAAAAUAUACAAAAAAUGAUCAUAAAGAUUAUGAAAAUAUUCAACAAGCAGUUAAUACAAUGCGUGAUGUUGCUAGUUUUAUUAAUGAAAGAAAACGACGUAUGGAAUAUGUUGAAAUUAUUCAUAAAUGGCAAUCAACUGUUGAAAAUUGGCAGGGAAAAAAUUUAAUAGAAACAAGUACACAAGGUCUUGGUCGUGCUGAUGCUUAUUUAUAUCAAAAUGGUAAAAAAGAACAAGUGACUUUAUUUCUUUUUGAUCAUGUACUUAUUAUUUGUAGAAAAGAUCGACGUAAUUGUUUAAUUUAUUUUGGACGUGCUGAUUUAGAUAAUUCAGAAUUUGAAGAUCUUAUUGAUGGAAAAGUAUCACGAUUAGAUGAAGAAAAUCUUGUACACUUAUUAUUUGCUUGGCGUCUAUUUGAUCGUAUGCAAAAUAAAACAUAUUUAUUUUCACAUCGUACACCAUUAGAUAAAAUGCAAAUGAUUGAUGCAUUAGAAUAUGAACGUGCUUAUGUUGAAGAAAAUUUAUCAAAAGGUUUAGAAAUUCCAUUAUAUACACGAUUAGCAACACUUAAAACUCAACAAUAUCUUGCUGAUCAACCAACACCAUUGUCUCGAUCAACAACAGCAACUUCAUUUCCUUUAAUAACAAAACCAAAUCGUUCAAUAUCAGCAAUACUUCGAACGAGUAAUUCACAAUGUAAUAAUCAAUCAAUAAUAUCAACAACAACAACAACAACAAGUACAGCUAUUGAUCAUCCACAAAUAUCACGACGUCGUUUUGUUCCACCACGUAAAUCAUCAUUACCAAGAUUUGUACGUAGUUCAUCUCGUGAUUCAUCAACUGAUGAUAGUUUACGACCAACAAAAUCACGGUUUAGGUUUUGGUCAUAA